GGCAUUUCUGUAGGGCGCAUGCGUUCUAUACUGUCAACGCGCGGAAUUGUACAGGGGAGGGAAUCGUUGUGAAGACUUUUGAUACGUUAUUGUCUUGCCACCUGUUUAAACAUUAUUUUAUCCUAUAACAUAAACUAACGGCACCAUGUGGAACCAAGGGGGAUCAUACGGUGAAUCAAACAUGGGAGGUGGAUACACUCAGUCCCCGGGAGGAUUCGCAUCACCUGCUGCCUCCCAGGGAGGAGAGAAGAAAGGGAGACAACGUGCCCAACAGAUUGUCCCCUGCACAGUGUCCCAGCUCAUGUCUGCUGCCCAAGCGGAGGAUGUCUUCAAAGUGGGAGAGGUAGAGGUUGCCCAGGUUACAAUUGUGGGCAUCAUCAGAACCACUGACAAAUCCAUGACCAACAUCCAGUACAAAGUUGAUGACAUGACAGGGGCCCCUAUGGACGUGAAGCAGUGGGUAGAUACAGAGGAUCCCAGUGUAGACAGCACUGUCAUCCCCCCAGGCACUUACGUCAAGGUCUCUGGCAAUUUGCGCUCCUUCCAGAACCACAGGUCCGUGGUGGCGUUCAACGUCCGGCCCCUUCAGGACAUGAACGAGAUCACCUCCCACAUGCUGGAGGUGGUGCAGGCACACAUGCUGCUCAGCAAACCACAGACUAUUAUGAUGGGCGGAGGAGGGGGAAUGAACACUAGCAAGGUGCCCAUGUCACGGCAGGGAAUGGGUGGCAACAUGGGAGGUGGAUACUCGGGUGCUAACGACAUGUCCACUAACGGCCUGAGCCCAAGCCAGAACCAGGUGCUGAGCUUGAUAAGGAGCUGUCCAGACGCACAGGGUAUCAGCACACAGAACUUGAAGCAGAGUCUCAGUGGCAUGAGCUUGGCUGUCAUCAAGCAAGCAGUGGAGUUCCUCAGCAACGAAGGACACAUCUUCUCCACCAUCGACGAGGAUCACUUCAAGUCUACGGACAAUGACGACUAAAGCAUCUCUCCAUUCCCUGUUAGCACUAAGAACAUGAUCAUAGACUUGGGACCAUUCUCAACACAGUGUGCGCUAUGAGCGGACGAUUGUGUAUAUAAGAAUAACGCCCAAAACCCUCUUAGAAUUUUAAGAUCUCAACACUCUGAAAAUAGAACCAGUAGUCAUUCAUGGAACCAUGAUUUAUACUGAGUAACAUCAUGGGAUGUCUAUAUAAUCCUGAGGGUUUCUGUGAAAUUAGGCCUUCUUGGUUAGACGGACACAUCCUGUUUCAACUUCCGUUCUGUUAAUUAUAUUACAGUAAGAGUGGGUGCACCACAGGCCAAUGGUUUUUCUCACAGUGAAUGCAAUCUGUGACUGACUAGUUCCUGAAUCAUUGGUAUUGGUAGUUGUCAUUUAAAAAUGGUGUACAGAAUGCAAUUCCUAUUCAGAUUUUUUUAUGUCUCUGUUUUGUUUUUGUCUCUAUUAAACAUAUAUUUUCAGAAAAA